AUGCCCAAGAGGGCUCGAAUCCACUUCGUUUCUCUUCGAUCAUCCUUGGUUAACUUACCCAUAUCCAUUUAUGGACCAUUGGUAGAGCGGAGCAUUAGACCUCAACAUUUGGCAGUACAUCUUACUCUCCUGCCCGAUGCAUCCUCGAAGCCACCCCGAGACCACACCGAAAUCUACGUUGGAUGGACAGGAAUGGCCUCGGCGUCUUCUCUUGCUCAUUUUAACGCCGCACAGUCAGGAGAUGGUAGUUUUGAAACCAUCGAGAUCGACCCACAAUACGCGCAAGACGUAGGGCUAGUACAGGGUGAUCUGGUUGAGAUCGGGUUACUUCAUGACCUUCCCCACGCAAAAUCUGUAGCAACGGAACCCUUGACGUCAGAUGAUUGGGAAAUUAUUGAAAUACACGCAUCACAUGUUGAAUCGACCCUCCUUUCACAAGUCAGAGUUGUAAAAAUUGGGCAAGAAAUUGACGUGUGGGUGUUAGGAAGGACUCGGGUCAGAUUACGUGUCACUGGUCUUGAUCCAAUUAAAGGAAAUGCGCUACUUUUAACAACGAACACAGAAGUCAGCAUUGCCCCAAAGUUGCACAAAAAGAAAAACGAUGAUAUUGUAAAGUCGUUUCAUCAACCAAAUGGUAUCGUUGGCUCAAAACCUGUCAAAAAUGAAGAUUCGAGGUCAUCUACCACCCCCCUUGACACGGUUUUUGAGCUGCGCGUGCUUCCAAUUCGAUUGGUGCAUAAUGUGAUGCUUCCCGAACCUUCAGUCCCGGAAUUGCUCGCGCUCGUCUCUCCGAAAGUAUUAAAUCAGUUAAAUUCAGCAUGUGAAUUGAACAAAUUUUAUCAAGGCUCGUUCACCAGGGUGAACACACCACCCGACCCUACUUUUUCUUCUUCUCCAUCUGCCCUACCAGAACCUGUUGCUCGAGUUCUCAAUCCUGGUACUCACGAAGAGCCUGGUUUGGGAAAUGAAACAGCGUCUGAUGCUGGGGAUAUUUUCAUCGGUGCAUCUGAGCAGGUCCCCAAUGGACACAUCGUAUUUCCUGUGCUACCUGAGGGUCUAAAGGAAUGGAGUCUGAUCAGGGCAUCCCUUUCAGUAGAGAGGAAAGCAAUUCAACCCAAGGAACCUUACCGACGCCAAACCAACUAUUCGCCAAGUGAUUCUUACAAAUUUCUUGCAGGUGUCGACACAAUCUUGGAUCGAUGUCUAAAAUAUUGUACUCGAGAAAUGCUUGUGCACUCCCUCAGCACUUCUGUUUGUGGUAUCUCUGGACUUCUUGUAACUGGGAGGUCUGGUGCCGGAAAGACUUCAAUAGUUCGUUCUGUGGCAAAAAGCAUCCAAGAAGACUCUAGAACAUUGGCAUACAUUCACUAUGUUGAUGCUUCGAAGUUGUCAGAACAGCCCAUCCCCUCGAUAAGGGCACAGCUCAACUUUUGGUAUGAUACAUGUGCCUGGCACCGACCAAGCAUUCUCGUAUUAGACAAUCUGGACAAAUUAUUGGGUGCCGAAGUUGAACACGCAGAUUCAUUUCGUUCCCGUCACAUAACAGAGAUGUUCUUGAACAUCUUCUCUUCGACCUCUCGUACAUCUUCCCUUGAUUGCCGAGGUAUCAUUCUACUAGCUACAUCAGAUUCCACUGCAUCACUCCACCCAUUUAUCAAUAGUUCCCAUAUCUUCAAGGAAGUAGUCCAUGUCACUCCACCCAGUAAAGAUGCUCGCAGAGAUAUACUGUCCAGAUUGGUACACGAUCGGUUACAAAUGGCCACAGACAUACACCAAGAUCCCGAUAUGAAUAUUAACUACACUGAGUUAUCGACACAAACAGAGGGGUUUUCGGCAACAGACCUGAAAGAUUUGGUCGCUCGUGCCAUCCACCAAGUUGCCAUGAGGGCAGCUACUCAGCCUACAUCAACGUUAACUUUGACACAGGCCGACUUCGCGAAGGCUCAAGUUGAUUUCGUUCCUCUUUCAUUAAAAGACGUCAAGUUAGAAAGGUCGGACGUGGCUUGGUCAGACAUCGGAGGGCUGUACGAAACUCGACGCAUGCUUAGGGAAACAUUAGAAUGGCCGACGAAAUAUGGACCCAUCUUUAAGCAGUCUCCUCUGAGGUUACGAUCCGGACUACUGCUUUACGGUUUCCCUGGAUGUGGAAAGACUUUACUUGCUUCAGCAGUGGCCAAGGAAUGUGGGUUGAACUUUAUAAGCGUUAAAGGCCCAGAAAUUCUCAAUAAAUAUAUUGGGGCGAGCGAAAAAUCGGUUAGAGAUCUGUUUGAAAGAGCAAGUGCCGCAAAACCGUGUGUGCUCUUCUUUGAUGAAUUUGAUUCGAUUGCCCCAAAAAGAGGUCACGAUAGUACCGGAGUGACUGAUAGGGUCGUCAAUCAAAUGCUUACUCAGAUGGACGGGGCAGAGGGCUUAGAUGGCGUUUAUGUUUUGGCUGCGACGAGUCGACCGGACCUCAUCGAUUCUGCCCUUCUUCGCCCGGGUCGUCUCGAUAAAUCACUCCUUUGUAAUAUUCCCGAUCACGAAGAAAGAAAAGACAUACUCAAAGCCGUCGCGAAAAAGUUGACUCUUUCAGCUGCUGUUGAUCUUGAUGAAAUUGCUGCACGGACGGAGGGAUUCUCAGGGGCAGAUUUACAGGCAUUGCUGUACAAUGCACAUCUUGAUGUAAUUCAUGCAUCAAUAGCGAGCGUGCCGGUUGAAACUUUGAAUGCUGGACGCACAGAAGAAACACCAAUCCAAUAUGUUACCCUAGGUGGUUCUGCAGAAAAACCUGUUCUCAGCAAGGCAGAAGAGAUGGCGAUGCAAAGACGGGCAAGUACUAUAGAAUUAGAUUCCAAGUCCAAAGCUUACUGUCUUCUGUGCUUAGUUACGACAAAUCUUGUCAAAUUCGUGGUCAAGUGGGACCUUGGUCAAACAGGCCAAGCCUGUCGUUAG